AUGAGCAUUCCUACUUCUCUUCACGCCGCAAAGGAACUUUUGCGUGUCAAGACUUCUGGUAACGAGUAUGUGGAACUUGUUCACGUAGCCACAAAUGAAGAUCCAUGGGGUCCGACUGGUACACAAAUGGAAGAUGUUUGCCGUGCUUUCGCACGUGGGUCUGUUGAUAUAAUGGAAGAAAUUAAAUUACGCCUAAAGCAUCGAGACAAAUCAUGGCGUUCUUGCUAUAAAACUUUGCUACUACUUGACUAUCUCGCACGUAAUGUGCCAGAGUCUGGACUUCCAGCGGUGUGUACUGUACUUCCCACCGUGCGUCUCAUCUCCCAGACCUUUUACUACACGGGAAGUAAAGGGACGGACCACGGACUCUCUGUUAGGGAACGGGCGAAGAAGUUGUGUGAACUCCUCAGUGACGGUGCAAUGCUGCGGGAGGAGCGUGAAAAGGCGGCCCUCACCCGCUCAAAGUUGGCCGGUUCCGCCAGUGCUGAGGGCGGCUACGCAUCCACACGCUAUCAGGGAUUCUCACGCAGCUCACCACCCCCACCGUCUUCAUACAGUUAUGACCGCCCAUCGUAUCAGGCACGCACAAGGGAGGAACAAGAACGGUACGAUAUGGAACUCGCUGCUAGAAUGCAACGCGAGGAAGAGAGUCGGGCCGGGAUCUCCGUCGUUGAGGCGGAACGCAUGUAUAAUCAACAAAGUCGAGGACAAUCCAGUACGGUGACCCAAGCGGCCUAUAAUUCAGAUCUGGAGUUGGCAAGACGACUUGAAGAGGAGGAACAACAGAGGCGCGCCACACACAAUAAGGAAUCAUCUACUCCCGCACAAAAUGCACCUACCACACAAACGUCAAAAACUCCUACUGCCAAUACUACUACUACCACCACUGAAGCACCUCCACCAAAAGCUGAACCACCCAAGCCGGAUGUACUUGAUGAUUUGUUUGCACCGGCUCCAACUCCUGCACCAGUUAACUCCAAUCCGCAACAACCUAGUUGGUCAUCUAGCGCUCCCGUUCAACAAACUCAAACUCAAGCUGCUGUGGACCCUUUUGACGCCUUUUUGGAUACACGACUUCAACAACAACAACAACAGCAGCAGCAGCAAAAUAUGUUUGGUGCUUUUCAAACUGCGCCAACGGCGCAACCACAACAACUUGGUACGGCCCCCACUGGUAUGUGGUAUGGAACACCACAAGUCCCUCAACAACAGUCUACACAAGGACAAAUUGGUGGAUGGUCUAGUGGGGCUCCUAUGCAGCAACCGUAUGGUGCAAUGCCACAACAAGGCUACUGGGGGGCGCCGCCAGGGAAUGGGGGUCAAUUUCCUCCUGCUGGAGCACCACAGGCACCCUUUACCGCAGGUGGAAACAAUUUUCAAGGGUAUGCACCGUUCACAAAUGCGCCCACGAUGGCGACCACUAACAACACCUCAAAUAGUGUAAACCCGAUGGAACAACAAAUGGCUCAAUUUUCUGGACAUUUUGGUGGACAAGGGCAAUAUUCGGCCAAAUCGUUAGAUUCUUUAAUGGCUGAACGUCGUGCAGGUCAAUAA